AAGUUGAGAGAGAGAGAGAGAGAGAGAGUAAUAGAAAAAAAGAUAAAGGUUUGCUUUUAAAGCUCAAUGAUCACAUGCAUUUGUAUCCAUCCAUCUUCUUCUUCUUCUUCCCUUUGUUAUUUCUUCUUCUUCUUUCAACAGCUAGCUAGAAUUACUAGCUGAACUACACUCCCAACUCCCUCUCCUACCUUCCAUUUUUUGUUUUUUUGGAGUUUUUCCUCCUUCUAAGUUUUUUAUUUAAAUUUCUCAUCCUCACAAACUUCCACCUCAAACUCAAACUCCUAAGUUUGUUCACUCACUCUUUCCUUCCUCUCCCUUUAUCCCUUUCCUCUCAACUUCUCUCAUCUUUCAUUGAUUAGAUUUCAAAAUGAAUCUUCCCGUUUUAUUUCUAUACUCUCUCCCUCUCCUAUACUUCUUCAUCUUCCUCAUCAAGUUCAUACACAAAAAAAGACACCAAGAUUGUUACAUCCUAGACUACGAAUUGUACAAACCCACGGAUGACCGGAUGCUAUGCACGCGCUUUUGCGGCGAAGUCAUACGACGGAACAAAAACCUAGGGCUCCGGGAAUACCAGUUCCUCCUAAAAGCCAUCGUGAGUUCCGGCAUUGGCGAACAAACGUACGCGCCGAGGAUGGUUUUCCACGGAAGAGAAGAAUGCCCGACUUACGAGGAGGGGAUUGAGGAAAUGGACGAGUUCUUCUUCGACAGCAUCACAAAGCUAUUAAAAAGAACCGGAAUUCCUCCGUCGGAAAUCGACGUCCUAGUGGUCAACGUCUCCAUGUUGGCCGCCGUCCCUUCGUUGGCUUCCCGAAUCAUCAAUCAUUACAAAAUGCGAGAAGACAUCAAGACGUAUAAUCUCACCGGGAUGGGAUGCAGCGCAAGCCUGAUCUCGGUGAACAUAGUUCAAAACAUUUUCAAAACACAGAAGAACAAGAACGCCCUAGUUAUUACAUCGGAGUCUCUGACUCCAAACUGGUACGCCGGAAACGACAGAUCUAUGAUCCUCGCUAACUGUCUGUUUAGAUCCGGCGGUUGCGCGAUGCUUUUGACUAACAAAACGGCUUUGAAGAGAAAGUCCAUGUUUAAGCUCAAAUGUCUGGUUAGAACUCAUCAUGGUGCUAAGGAUGAGGCGUACGGAUGUUGCAUUCAGAGAGAAGAUGAUCAAGGCCGGAUUGGUUUCCAUCUAGGCAAGAAUUUGCCUAAGGCCGCCACUCGGGCUUUCGUCGACAACCUGAAAGAAAUCGCCCCGAAGAUUCUCCCCGUCAGGGAGUUACUUCGGUUUUUGGUGGUUUCUUGGGCUAAGAAAUUGGUCAAAAGUUACAGUAACACCAGUAAAGAAGCUGGUGUUGGUGGUGGUGGUGUUGGCAGUAAUAAUAAUAAUAACAACAGCAGGGCGGUAAUUAAUUUCAAGACGGGCGUUGACCAUUUCUGUAUUCAUACAGGUGGGAAAGCGGUGAUUGACGGAAUCGGGUCGAGUUUGAGUUUGAGUGAGUACGAUCUGGAGCCUGCCCGGAUGACGCUUCACCGAUUCGGCAACACGUCGGCGAGCAGCUUGUGGUACGUUUUGGGUUACAUGGAAGCGAAGAAGAGGCUGAAAAAGGGUGAUAGGAUCUUUAUGAUUAGCUUUGGAGCUGGCUUUAAAUGCAACAGCGGUUUGUGGGAGGUGGUAAGGGAUUUGGAUGGUGGAGAUAAUGCUUGGAAAGACUGUAUUGAUAACUACCCUCCUCAAACCCUAGCUAACCCUUUCUUGGAGAAGUUUGGGUGGCUUCACAAUGAAGAUCCGGACACUUUUUCCGUCCCGGAUGAUUAUGUGAUACCAUAGGUUUUCGUUUUUUGUACAAUUAUUAUUAUUGAUUGUGUUGAUCUUCAAUCUUGAUCAUCAUUUUUACACACGUACACACACAACACUACACUACUUUUACGAUCAUUUUCUCUUUGUACUCAUAGCCCUUUCAAUACUUUUUCAUUUUUCUUCUUUUUUUUCACUUCUUUGGAGGAAAUUGUUAUUACCUUGUGUAUUUAUUGAUUCGGUAAAGUGAUUAGUGAAUGGUGUGACACACAUGAACAUACGUAUAAGAUAAUCAAUUGAAAAGUAUUUAUGUCUUUUCAUAUGUGUCAUAACAAUCACUGAACAUAUUUACUGUAAUUUCCAUAAUUUAUCUUUAGUAGUUUCUUAUUCCAUAAAUGUAAUAUACCAGCACAGUUCAUAGUCGUUUUAUUCAAUUUUUGGAUUCAUAUUGUAACAAGAUACAUAUAUGGCUUCUCUCUCUUUUUUUUUUUCUUUUUUGAUAAUUAUAUAUAUUCAUAUUGUAACAAGAUA